ACAGCCGGAUGUAGAGGAUUGUGUUGUGCCGGAAAGGCAGGGAGCAAAUGGAAGUUUGUAGCGGGUCACCAUUGUAGCAAUUGUGUAUAAAAAUUAAUGUGCCAGUGAGGAUCUCACAUGAAGGCCAUCAAAGUCCAAAAUAGUGUUGAUGAAAGAGCACAAAUGAAUGAGUCGGAAGAGUCCGAGGGUCUGUGUAGGAGAAAAGACCAAAUAGAUGGCACAGGGAUGAGCAUGGAGAGCAGGAAGGGAGUGAGGGUGACGGGAAAAUACAUUCCUCCUGUAGAUUGGGUGACCAGACGAGGACCCAACAUCAUCCAAGCUCCCUGUAGCUCCAUCCCACCUCCAGACCUCUCCGUCGCCUCGGUUGGAUCUCUACGUCCCAAGUCCACUGAGCCAUUUUAUGACCAUGGGAUGGACAAACCAGACCUGGAGGACUGGAUACAGGAAGCUAACCCUCAAAAUAGGGGUCGGUAUGGUGAGGCAGGACUAGCCAGGCAGACUGUAGAGGAGCUGAAGACCCUGCUGAGGGACAGUACUGCACACAACCCUCCGGGGGGCCUUAACUCUUACCCGCACGGUGGUGGCCGUGGCGGGUGGGCUCGGCCUAGCAUGCAGCAGGACGACGUUAACCCACAGAGAGCAUUCAGGACCUUCAAACCUCAACCCGAUGCUUCCAGAAAGGGGCCCACAUCCACAGAGAGCACUUCUAUUCAGCCGCCUCCCUCCAUGGAUUCAUCCAGCUCGUUCACGGCUGAGACCAACACAAAAAGGCAGCCGGAAUUCCGGACUCACAAAUGCGACAGCAGCGGUUCCUGUGGGGAGACUAAAGCUCUUCACUCAGAAAACGGAAACGAGGCCAUAGACAUCUCAGGGAAUCAAAGGUUCAUCUCCACCAUGGAGCAGAUCAAGCAACAGAUCGCCAGAGAGAACAUCAACUUUGUGCGCUUUGAGGCCACAGACCUACAUGGAGUGUCCAGAUCCAAGACUGUGCCUGUCCGCUUCUUCCAUGAAAAGGCCGUGUAUGGAGUGGCGAUGCCAAGGAGCUACUUGGAGCUUACACUGAGUCCGAAGAGUAACGAAGUGGAUCAUGCUAAUGCUGCCAACUUCAGCAGCGACAUCCUCCUGAUCCCUGACCUUUCCACAUUCAGGAUCCUACCCUGGGCUGAACAGACUGCCAGGGUCAUCUGCGACCCCUGCACGGUGACAGGAAAUCCCCUUCGCACAUCGCCUCGCCUCAUCGCCAAGCAGCUUCUAGGCCAGCUCCAAAGCCUGGGCUUCUCCCUGCACGCCUCCUUUACCUACGAGUGCUGCGUCCUGGGAGCGCCAGACCGGAUUGGACCCAAGACACUCCUGUUUCCUGCCACUACCCUACUGAGCAACCACGACCUGCCUUUCUUCCAGCAGUUGGUGGACAGUAUGUACUGCAUGGGUGCCGACAUUGACAGCAUGGCUUCGGCCAGUGGGCCUGGUCAGAUGGAGAUUAACCUGCGGCCAGAGUUUGGGAUCGCAGCCGCAGACAGCGCCUUCACCUUCCGCACCGGCAUCAAGGAAAUGGCUCGCAAGCACAGCUACAUUGCUAGCUUCUUCACCGAUGAUGGCCUCUACAAUGCAGGCGUGCUGUCCCACAGCUUGUGGGAUGCUAACGGCCGCCGCAGCCUCUUCCAAAGUGGGGAGAAGGCAGGCGACCUGUCUGACAUUGGCCGCAAAUGGCUGGCUGGUCUCCUGACGCACUCGGCCGCCCUCAGCUGCUUGAUGUCACCGGGCCUGGGAUGCCGCAGCCACAUCGCCAAGACCAUCAAAGACCCCAAGCGGAUGCUUUAUGCCACCUGCGGCUGCAACGACAAUAGCAGCUCCUUCAACAUCAAGAGCCAUGGUGGGCGGGAGACCCACAUCGAUAACAAGCUGGGCUCGGCCAUGGCCAACCCUUACGUUGUGCUGGCAGCUACUGCCGCCGCCGGACUGGAUGGGAUCAGACGCAACCUGAGCGUGGAGAGCGGUUUCCACAAAGCACCAAAUCAGCAGAAGGACUUUGCCAUCCCUGUGAAGCUGGAAGAUGCUCUGGAGGCACUGGGCGAGGACCACAUCAUCCGCAGUGCCCUUGGGGAGCCCUUUGUCCAGUACUUCAUUGCCAUGAAAAAGUUUGAGAUAGAGACCCAGGAAUUGGACGACGAGAGGAACAAGUGCUUGGAGUAUUUUAUCUAAUGAUUUUCACCUGUCAAACAAAGCAUGAGACUUGAAUGAUGCUUGAAUAGGAUUUCUUUUUAAAACUGAUGUUAUGGCUAUUGUGAUAUUUUCAAAAUAAAGGUGAAGUGGCCCUCCAUGCAAAAAUGUGAAGUUAAAGUUUGUAU